AUGGUGAGGCAAUUUUGUGAUUGUGGAAAGCAAACAUUGAUGAUGACAUCAUGGACUGCCAUGAACCCAGGAAGAAGGUUUUGUCGAUGUGCCAAGUACAGAGAACAAGGAGGCUGCAUAUACUGGGAUUGGGUUGAUCCUGAGAUGUGUCAAAGGUCAAAAGAAAUAAUACCUGGAUUGCUAAGGUCGAUGAACAAGAUGGAAGCUGAGUUGGAUAGGUUGAAAGAAAAUUCAAGGAAGGAAAUUCUUGCUUUUGCUGACUAUGUAAUUAGCAGCACUUUCUCUAAAAGUGCUGGUUUUAAAUGUAUUGUAUCAAAUUUAGGGAUAUAG